GGCCCGCGCCCGGGGAGGACGGUCUGCGGCGGAGCGGGAAGGGGGACGGGACACCGCACCGCCUGCCCGCGCCAUGGACUCGCGGAUGCAGCCGCCUGCCCGCCAGCACUGAGACCAGAAACAGGCACCCCAAAAAGUCAUCUUAACUGGAGCUGACCCCAAGGACUGACCAUGUCCAUUAUGGACCACAGCCCCACCACCGGAGUGGUUACCGUCAUUGUCAUCCUCAUCGCCAUCGCGGCUCUGGGGGCCUUGAUCCUAGGCUGCUGGUGUUACCUGCGCCUCCAGCGUAUCGGCCAGUCGGAAGAUGAAGAGAGCAUCGUGGGAGACGGAGAAACCAAAGAACCCUUCCUCUUGGUGCAGUAUUCCGCCAAAGGACCCUGCGUGGAGAGGAAAGCCAAGCUGACUCCGAACGGCCCCGAAGUUCACAGCUAAGCCAGUUAACCGCUUUCACGUGCCCACCUACCACACGCCUGCCGCGCCCAGCAUCCGGCAAGCGGGACGUGAACUGCAGAAAACCGAUCCAGAUGUGCCGCGCCCUUCAAAGGAAAGAAAGAAGGCGUUCAGAUGGCACACCCUGGUCUUGUUUGGUUUUGUCACUGCAUGCACUGAGACGAUCCGCCAUCACACCAUUGCUCCUUGACAUGGAGAGACGCCUCAUCCUCCUGGUUGACUGUCCGUUGCCGGCAACGGACAGACCGGACCCGAUCGACGUCAAAGGAUUCACAGCGUUUUUUGUUACUUGAAUGUUUAGCUGAGCCUCUGUUGUAGAUGGAGCUACUACUGUAAUGUGAACUAGCUAACGAAACUGUGAACUGUAAAUAGGCCGUCCCAAGCGCUUGCUCUUGUCAUGCGGCAUUAUGGAGCCGGUCUGAAGUUGACCUAUUUAAGACUGAGCCACGUGGCAAAGGGUUGGAAGGAUUCUAGAUACGGAAAGCCGGAUUUGCAGUUCGACUAGUUUUCGACCUCAAGUGUGUGUGUGUGUGUGCGUGCGCGCGCACGUGUGUGUGUGUGUGUGUGUGUGUGUAGAUUUGUAAAGAAAGAUGUCGCUGGUUUGAAAUGCCGUGGUGACUGUUGCAGGACGUGCCCCACAAAAGGUGACGCGUGUUGCUUUGACGGCUCGUAUCGCAGGAAGCAACAGGCCGAGAAAGGAGACCCGUACCUCUCUUCUGUUUGGGUAGUGUUUAGGCUGUUAAUGUUAAUAUUGUUUCUGUGUUAACUGUAUAAAUUAUUGCAAGGAAGCCGCUUCCUUAACCCUCUGGGAGCCAGUGAAGGAUGCGUAUUUUACGCAGGGAGAGUCCAGAAGGCUGCCAGGGAAACUUGGAGCGGCAGAGCAGUUUCUUCCCAUUGUUUUUAAGCAUGUUAGAAGCACAGAAAUGUCUCCCCUCCCCCAUAAAACUGGCAUUUAGUGCUAACUAGCUGUAACUGCUAUUAUUUAACAUAAUAAUAAACAGUCUGUCAGUCCAUCCACUCUAGUCUAAACAAGUCGACCUUGGGCCCCCCUCCAGUGAAAGUGUGUGUUUGGAAAUCACUCACGAUACCCUUGCAUUUCAUGGUCCUAUAGGUCAGUGAAUGUAACUUGUGGAAAUCUCUCUUCAGACAGGAAGCAAUAGAAUAUUCCUUUACUGUUCACGCUCUUAAUUUCUUACCAAUCUCGGUAACGAUUUCUUGGGGUCUGAUGUGAUUGAACUUGAAACGGCUGGAAGCACAGAAGGAGCCACCUAGCUCCAUACUGUGAUGCAGAUUUAAAAAAAAAAACCCAACACAAAACACAUAUAUAACAGUAAGAGCUUACAUAAUUUACAUAAUCUCCAGGAGGACUUGGCACUGUUUCCAAAUGGAGAGACAGGUUAACUAGCAUGGUAAUUAAAAUAGGUUGACAUCUUAAUGGAAUUUUCCACAGAGUGGCUCAAAAAAAGAGACACCACUGACCCCAGAUUUAGUUUAGAAGAAACAAAACUUAAAAAAACAAACCAGUAGGAUAUAGGAAGGGAUCCUAAAUCCAACCACCACCAGCAUGCAUUCAAUCGUAUUUAUUGAGCGCUUACUAUGUGCAAAGCACUGUACUAAGCACUUUCUCUAUUCUCUAACAGUUCUUUAACAGUGAUGAAGGGUUUUGAACAGACUUCAGUGGGUGUCAAAAUUCCCAACAUUUACAAUUCAUUUUGCUAGUGUGCUAGACCCACAGCGAUCCACGGAAAAGUGGUGAAAAAGGAAAAGCAUAAUUCACUUUUGGCGGAGAGUGGAGCUGGUAGCCAAACAGGAUGGGGUGCAUAUGCACACUGGUUUGUAGCCACCAUGCCUGAGAACAAUCACUCAUCCACCUCAGCCCCGGAAGAAAUUUUGAAGGCCCUGAACUGAGUUACUGAACGAUCCUGAGAGGGAAAACUGUUGAAUAAUAA